AUUUUGAAAUUAUAAAAAAAGUGAGUGAAAUAUAGACCAAACUUUUAUAGUAAUUAAACAGUCAUACCUUAUAAUGGUUAAUGUUUUACUUUUACGUAGUAAAAAACUCUUUCUAAAUUGAUAUAUCUAUGUAUUUAUAUAAGAAUACGUUCGAGAUAUGGCAUAGAAAGUGGUGGACCGGAUAUCUUAACUUGGGCAUUGGACAAUUAAAAAACCCGGCAACAAUGACGAGAAUAUUUUAGACAUGCGUCAUGCUAAUCUUUUUGUCAAAAGUGUCAAAGUCAGAAUACAAUUAAAAAAAGUUAGAUUUAGCUGGUGUACCAAGUCGCGUAGCUCACAUUUUAAUAAUAAUAGUCACCAGGUCACCACACCGCGGCGAAAGUUCCACAUUUCAGGGUUAACUCAACGUUGUGCUGGCGCGAUUAAAUUACGUAAGGUCCUAAAAAUCGAAAACGCCCGGGUGUUGUCAAAUUUUCUAUGAUUUGGUGAAUUAGAAACCUUUUUUGAAUCCAAACCGGUGAUAAAUCGAACACUCCAAAAUGAUGAAUUUGAAGCUAAUAUCGAAAAUCGUCCCCUUAAAAUCGCGAAGUUCAGAAGUCGGUACGUUACUGAAGAGUAUACCAGCAGCAUGCAGCCAGCUCCAGGGGCGGACUUACGCUGACCAUGUUAUCCCCGACAGGUUAAAGGAUAUGCCCACGAAUGCCAACCCCAGGUUCUUCGACAUGGUUGAAUAUUUCUUCCAUAAAGCCUGCGUUCUAGUAGAAGAUAAAUUGGUCGAAGACCUGGGCAAAGUUAAGGGAUCUAGACUUACUUUGGAUCAAAGAAAAGCCAAAGUUAAGGGUAUUUUAACUUUUAUGGAACAGUGUGAUCACAUUAUCGAAGUAUCUUUUCCCAUCAAGAGGGAUAAUGGCCAGUACGAGAUUAUUAAAGGGUACAGGGCCCAGCACAGCACUCAUAGGACCCCCUGCAAAGGAGGUAUGCGUUUCUCUAUGGACGUCUCCAGGGACGAAGUCAAAGCCUUGGCGGCCUUGAUGACGUUCAAAUGCGCAUGCGUCGACGUACCGUUCGGUGGUGCCAAAGCCGGAGUCAAGAUCGAUCACAAGAAAUAUUCCGAACAUGAAUUGGAGAAGAUCACCAGGAGAUUUACCUUGGAAUUGGUCAAGAAAGGGUUCAUUGGACCCAGUAUCGACGUACCUGCCCCAGACAUGGGUACCGGUGAAAGGGAAAUGUCCUGGUUAGCAGACACCUACGCCAAAACUAUCGGUUACCAAGACAUCAACAACCACGCGUGUACCACCGGAAAACCAAUUAACCAAGGUGGUAUUCACGGACGUGUAUCUGCAACAGGUCGUGGUGUUUUCCACGGUAUCGAAAACUUCAUCAACGAGGAGAGCUAUAUGAAGAUGUGCGGUUUGACCACCGGUUUAAGAGGCAAAACAGUAAUCAUCCAAGGUUUCGGUAAUGUCGGUCUGCACACCAUGAGGUACCUUCACAGGGCCGGUGCUAAAAUUAUUGGUGUCAUCGAGUUCGAUGGUUCCAUCUUCAAUGAGAAUGGUAUGGAUCCCAAGGAACUUGAAGAUCACCGUGUCACCGCUGGUACCAUCAACGGCUUCGCUGGUGCCCAAGCCUACGAAGGCGAUCUUCUAUACCACCAAUGUGAUAUCUUAGUUCCAGCCGCUACAGAAAAGGUCAUUACGAAAGAUAAUGCAGACAAAGUGAAAGCAAGGAUAAUCGCCGAAGCUGCCAACGGACCCCUAACCCCAGCCGCAGACCAAAUCCUGCUCAAGAAGAACGUAUUAGUCAUCCCAGAUUUGUACGUCAACGCCGGUGGUGUGACAGUUUCGUUCUUCGAAUGGUUGAAAAACAUCAAUCACGUCUCCUACGGUAGAUUGACUUUCAAAUACGAAAAGGACUCCAACUACCAUCUUUUACAAUCCGUUCAAGAAUCUCUGGAAAGAAAGUUCACGGACGUAGGGUCUAUCCCCAUUUUGCCAUCACAAUCGUUCACCAAGAAAAUCGCUGGUGCUUCAGAAAAAGACAUCGUACAUUCUGGUCUCAGUUUCACGAUGGAAAGAUCCGCCAAGGCUAUUAUGAAGACUUCCAGUCAAUACAAUUUGGGUUUGGAUUUAAGAAGUUCCGCUUACAUCAACUCUGUCACCAAGAUUUUCACCACGUUCUCAGAAACUGGUCUCACAUUCUAAACGUUUCUAUUUUUCGCAUUAUAUUCAGGGGCCUUAUUUUAUUAUUAAGCUCAUAAACGUUACUUAUUCAUAUAACUAAGUACUUUAGAAAUGCCCUCUAAUGUAUGAGGAGUAACUAUAGGUAUAAAGUAAUUAAUAGACCGUGUUAUUAAAUAAUUCUCACCUUUUUGAAUGCUGUGGUGUUUUGAAAUUAAGAAAAAUUCGUUGGUUAUGUUGCCAAAGUUGCCCAAUAAGAAUCACAUUAACGUGUAUUUAAAAAAAUGGAAGUUGAGUACUUAUUGCACCGAUGUCUGCUACGACUUGAAUGUUAUAUCUACACCUACAUGUUAUUUGUUAUUAUCAAAUUAUUAAUCAAUUUAUAUUAGAUACAUGCAACAAUAUUUUGAAAAAUAAUGCCCCUGUGUACUGGUUUUCAUUCUUUUCCAUGUGUAUCUAUAAUAAAAUCUACAUAUAAUAAACAAUGCUAAAAUUAAACAAUUCAUAACUAUUAAAUAAUCAUUGUUUCAAACAAUAAACUCU